GUACAUAUAUACACAACUAAUAAUGGAAUACCGGAAUAAUGAUCCUGGAGCUGUGCAAUAUGGAAACUUUAUAAAUUACUAUAAUUUCAACAACGCGGGACAACGAUUAAAAUUAUUACCACGCGAUGUGUGGAUUGGGAUUGAGAAUCCCCAAUCUGGUGAACCCUACUUGGUUCUCGAUAUUGGUUGCAAUGCUGGAAACCUGACUCAGCUGUUGUAUACAUUUUUAAAUGAAUGCGUUGGUACAACACAUGAGCGUAAUAUACAAAUACUAGGUGUUGACAUCGAUUCAGAUUUAGUGAAGCGAGCUAAAACUGGCAAUGAGUUUCCGUUAAAUGUGAGUUAUGAACAUCUGGAUGUUAUGGAUUCAAAUGAGUCUCGUAAAAUUAACGAAUAUUUGCACAAAUGGAGUCGUAAAACUUUUGACGUGGUUUGUAGUUUUUCUGUAACUAUGUGGAUUCAUUUGAACCAUGGCGAUGACGGUUUAAAACUGUUUCUAGAGAAAGUUUGUGACAUGGCUGAUUUACUUGUUGUUGAACCACAACCAUGGAAAUGUUAUCAAACCGCGUUACGACGAAUGAAAAGAGCUGGUGAUGAAUUUCCCCUUUAUAAAGCGCUGCAGUGGCGUACAAAUGUAGAAGAAUGCAUACAAGUUUUCUUAGAAAGUAGUUUGGGAAGAAAAAAAGUGUUUGAAUGUUUACCCACUCGAUGGCAGAGGCGUAUUUGCUUUUAUCGGUGACCCGGUUGUUCCAAAAUGAUUUCCAAACAUCUUUGAAAUGUAUAAUUUAUAUAGAUUUACUUUUUUAUAAAAAUAAAUAAGAAUUACAUUGACA